AUGGAAACUACUUCAAAUCCAAUCGGCGUUCUUCUCCUCCGCCCGCUGUCGCCGUACCUUCAGCAGGAGCUCUCCAAACGAUACGCCCUCUUCAAAUUCUGGGAAUCGCCGCCGAAUCUCCGCCGCGAGUUCCUCGGAGAGCACUCGAACUCGAUCAAGGCGGUGGUGUGCAAUGGCGUGCAGGGCGCCGAUGCCGAGAUCAUCGACGCGCUACCGCUCCUUGAGAUCGUGGCCAGCCACAGCUCCGGCCUCGAUAAGAUUGAUCUGGAUAGAUGCCGGGAGAGGGGAAUUAGGGUAACUUACACCCCCGACGCCUUGACGGAUGAGGUGGCGGACAUGGCGAUUCUGCUGAUUUUGGCGACUUCGCGGCGGAUUUGUGCGGCGGACCAGCACGUCAGGAGUGCUGAGUGGAAGAAUGCUGAUUUCAAGUUGACUUCAAAGUUCAGUGGCAAAUCAGUUGGCAUCAUUGGAUUGGGAAGGAUUGGUUCAGCCAUAGCUAAGAGAGCCGAAGCUUUUGGGUGUCGAAUUGGAUACCACUCUCGUUCACUAAAACCAAAUUCAAGAUACAAAUACUACCCUUCUCUCACUGACUUGGCCUCGGACUCCCAGAUCAUUGUUGUGUCGUGUGCAUUAACGCGUGAGACUCACCACAUUGUCAAUCGUGGUGUCAUGGACGCCUUAGGUAGAGAUGGGAUUAUCAUCAACAUCGCGAGAGGCUCCCACAUUGAUCAAGCUGAGUUGAUCUCUGCCCUUGCUGAGGGCCGGUUGGGAGGAGCUGGGCUAGAUGUGUUGGAACACGAACCUGAGGUGCCUGAUCUACUAGCUCAGCUUGAUAACGUCGUCCUCUCCCCACAUGCUGGAGCUAGCACAUAUGAAACGCGCAAGACAUUGGCAGACCUCGUCGUUGGACACUUGGAAGCGCAUUUUUCAAACAAGCCGUUGCUUAAUGCUGUCAUCUAAGGUAUGUUUUUCAGCUAUGUGGUGUAGAAAUGUUGCCAUUAACUAUAAGUAUAUGCAUGCUUUUGUGUUGUUGAAAUAUGUAGGGAAAUUAACAUUUCUUUAGUAGCCCCCUUUACUCUUUAGGCUCCUCUAUCGUAUUCAAUUUCUUUAGUAGCCCCCUUUAGUCACACUCACUCUGUCAUCAUCCAAAACACAACAUGAGGUGAUUUGUUUCAUGCUACCUCACGUGAUUCUAUUGUUUGAUAACUUUGAUUUCCAGUAUUUUAUGCUCUCCUAGGCUUGGUCCCCCAUCCCCCCUCUCUUUUUCUAUUGUUUUGCUAUGAACUCCAUUAACGCAAAACACUUGUAAAAAGUUGAUGAAAACUGUUGAUGUUAUAAGUGAAAAGAAUAAAAUAAGACAAGGUUGUAGUUACAACAUUUUUAUGCCAUGUAGAAACGCCAUGUUAUCACUGGUAAUUAAUCAUUUAUUUAAAGAGAGUUGUGAGCUUUGCCAAAACAAAUUUGGUGAAGACUUAUUCUGAGAAUGCAGUGGUUGAGCCAUGUGAAGCCUUAGGUACUAGAAAAAUAUUAGUAUAUCAUUUCCCAGAACAGAGUUCAUUAUAUCACAGACAAAAAAAUGGCACUUUCAUCUAGUCAUCUAGAUUUUUCUACUCAUUGUUCUAAUCCAUGCUCCAAAAAACGAACUAGCACCUUCUUGAAACUUUAUCUUCUAGAUCAUAAGUUUUUAGGGCCUCAAGACUUUCCUGAUUAUACAAACUCAGUCAAAUUCUUUCUCAUGAAGAAGCCCAGAGCAGUACAUCAUAUUUUGUUACAACCUAAGCUUCUGCACAUGAGGAACAUCAAAAGGAGCUCCUCAAUAACAGAAAAAGUUAAAAAAAGAAAAAGAAAAUGAACACCAAUGUUGUCUUCCUUCCUAUAGUCCUAACACAGCUUCCCUCUCUAUCACUAAGAAGCACCUUUGAAGAUGAGGAAGUUGAGAGUCUCUAGUGUGAAAUAUAUGAAGCUCCCUUUGGAGUGAGUGAAAAAGCACCCAAAGUUGGAUCCCACCACACACUGCCAUCCACUCCCAUACUUCUUGUCAAACUCCUGCCACCAAACAAACCUCAACGCCAAACAUCAAAAUGGAAUCUUGAAAUUCCAAAAUUAGAAAUUAGAAAAAGGAAAAUCUGACCUUCUUGAUGUGGGCAGCUAUGGAUUUGCAGUCAAGAACAUCGUAGAGAUCCAAAGCCUGAGAAGCAGAGGCCAUUGCUUGGAUCUGCAUCUUCAGUGGCAUAUCUGUGUCUUCUAUCAAAGCUUUCCCUUCUAACAUCUUUUCCUGCAAAACUUAAAUCCAACUUCAAAAACAGUUUUUCUCUUGGUGUUACAGCUGAAAUCUUGGGAGCCCCUAAGAAAUUUCUCCUAUUUUCUCAGGGCAGAAAAGUGAAGAGGAUUGAAGAAAUGAGAUGGUGUUAAUCCACUCAACUCAAAGCCUUGUAAGCAUGGUAUG